AUGAAGAUCCCAACCAAUGGACUUUUGGCAAAUUCAGGAGAAGGAGAAAAGAAGAUGAUCAAUUCCGAGUUAUGGCAUGCUUGUGCGGGCCCUUUGGUUUGUAUGCCGCCUGUUGGAAGUCUCGUCGUCUAUUUUCCUCAAGGACAUAGUGAACAAGUAGCAGCAUCGAUGCAGAAAGAGGCCGAUAGCAUACCAAAUUAUCCUAAUCUUCCUUCCAAGUUGAUCUGCAUGCUCCACAAUGUCACAUUACAUGCUGAUGGUGAGACGGAUGAGGUGUAUGCUCAGAUGACUCUUCAACCAGUGAGCAAGUAUGACCAGGAAGCUCUUCUUGUGUCUGAUCUCGGACUGAAGCAAAAUAGACAACCAACCGAGUUUUUCUGCAAGACUCUGACGGCAAGUGACACCAGCACUCACGGUGGCUUUUCGGUCCCUCGUCGGGCGGCUGAGAAGAUUUUUCCGCCCCUGGAUUUCUCGAUGCAACCUCCUGCUCAGGAGCUAUCAGCUAGAGACUUGCAUGAUCAAACAUGGACAUUUAGACAUAUAUAUAGAGGUCAACCUAAACGACACCUGUUGACCACCGGUUGGAGCGUAUUUGUGAGCUCCAAGAGACUCAUAGCUGGCGACGCUGUCCUUUUCAUAAGAGAUGAGAAAUCACAAUUUCUUUUGGGUAUACGCCGAGCAAAUAGGCAGCAGCCCCCUCUUUCAUCGUCCGUGAUAUCAAGCGACAGCAUGCACAUCGGCAUUCUUGCUGCAGCUGCUCAUGCCGCCGCAAAUAACAGCCCUUUUACAAUAUUCUACAAUCCGAGAGCGAGUCCGUCAGAAUUUGUGAUCCCGCUUGCUAAGUACAAUAAGGCAAUGUACACGCAACUCUCGUUAGGCAUGCGGUUUAGGAUGAUGUUUGAGACGGAGGACUCUGGUGUUCGGAGGUACAUGGGCACGAUUACGAGUAUAAGCGAUCUCGAUCCUGUCAGGUGGAAAAAUUCCCAGUGGCGAAAUCUUCAGGUUGGAUGGGAUGAAUCGACAGCUGGGGAACGUCCUAGCCGGGUCUCGAUUUGGGAGAUUGAACCUGUCAUAACUCCCUUUUACAUAUGCCCACCACCGUUUUUCAGACCCAAGUUCCCCAAACAUCCGGGUCUCCCGGGUAAGAAGGCAGCCGGUGCCCUGAAAUUAAGCAUUAGUUAG